UUCAGUCCAGAAUUCCCCAUCGGAUCAGAUCACAUUGACGGAGUGGGUGGGGCCGGGGGGUGUGAUCCAAUCCCUACUCCCAACUCCCCACAACAAAUUUAUUGUCGUUGAACUCCAGAAGACAGGACAGCAGCAGAAGGCCCAUCUUUUCUUUUUCCAAAACCUGGUUUUAUAGCUAAAUGGCUGCGAUUGUGCAAGGAAUAGGAUCUACAGCAGCUCCUUGUGCCAGUUCCAACAAAUUUCUCUUGUCAUCUCUAGGAUCAUCACUCUUAGAGAAGAAAAGGAACUUUUUUGUUGUUAGAUCAGAUGGAAAAUGUUACACUGGUUUAAACCAGCAACAGAGGAGAGCUCAAAAUGUGGUCACUAAUGCUGUUGCUACCAAGGAAGAAAAGGCAUCAGCUGCUGUGGGCUCCAAGCCAGGGCAUGAGCUUUUGCUGUUUGAAGCUCUACGAGAAGGCCUUGAAGAAGAAAUGGAUAGAGAUCCCUGCGUCUGUGUGAUGGGUGAGGAUGUUGGUCAUUAUGGAGGUUCAUACAAGGUGACCAAAGGCCUGGCUGAGAAGUAUGGGGAUCUCAGGGUUCUUGACACCCCCAUUGCUGAGAACUCCUUCACUGGCAUGGGAAUUGGUGCUGCCAUGACUGGCCUGCGACCAAUUGUUGAGGGAAUGAACAUGGGAUUCCUCCUCCUAGCUUUUAACCAGAUCUCUAACAAUUGUGGGAUGCUCCACUACACAUCUGGAGGUCAAUUUAAAAUACCAAUUGUCAUCCGGGGACCUGGUGGAGUUGGUCGCCAGCUGGGAGCGGAACAUUCACAGCGGCUUGAGUCUUAUUUCCAAUCAAUUCCAGGUAUUCAAAUGGUGGCAUGCUCAACAGCUUACAAUGCCAAGGGCUUAAUGAAGGCUGCUAUCAGAAGUGACAACCCGGUGAUUUUAUUUGAGCAUGUUCUACUUUAUAACUUGAAGGAGAGGAUUCCUGAUGAAGAAUAUGUUUUGAAUCUUGAGGAAGCUGAGAUGGUUAGACCUGGUGAGCAUGUGACCAUUCUUACUUAUUCGCGGAUGAGGUAUCAUGUAAUGCAGGCUGCCAAGACAUUGGUGAACAAUGGAUACGAUCCUGAAGUUAUUGAUAUCAGAUCGCUGAAGCCAUUUGAUCUUUACACAAUUGGGAAUUCAGUGAAGAAGACUCAUCGUGUGCUGAUUGUGGAGGAGUGCAUGCGCACCGGUGGAAUUGGUGCCAGCUUGACUGCAGCUAUUAACGAAAAUUUCCAUGACCAUUUAGAUGCUCCAAUUGUUUGUUUGUCGUCACAGGAUGUGCCAACCCCAUAUGCAGGAACCUUGGAGGAAUGGACUUUAGUUCAACCUGCGCAGAUUGUUUCAGCAGUUGAGCAACUUUGCCUGUAGUUGCAAAGAGAACGGCUCAUUUUUUGGUGUGUUUGUAAUUUAAGUUGGCAGUUUCACCCUGAUGUUGUUGUUCCGUAGCAUAUUUUGUUACAUAGUUCGGUUUUCAUCAAGAUGGGAGUGAUACUUAGGUUCAGACGGGUUGUUAUUGUUGGUAGAUACUUGUGCCCCUCUGGUCUCAUUGCUUUCCCCCCUAUUAUUCUAAACGAUACCAGAGGGUAUCAGUUAACUUCUAGUUACCAUUGUUGGCGGUGCAAAAUGACAAGUUCUCUUCGGUUAUAUUCCCUCUGA